AUGGAAGACAGUAAAAUACUUAGGAACGAUUUAGAGAAAGCUAUAAUGGAGGACGAUGUUGAAAGACUAAAAAAGAUUAUCGAAGAAGGUAUGUUGUUCAGUUAAAGCAAGUUCAAUUUUCUGGCCAUAAAGUGCGCCAAUAAACCAGAAAAAUGUAAAAUACAAGGUACGGAAGACGUACUAGGUAUCCGGAAAAAUAACUGUCCUUCUUAAGCCUCGGGGAAUUGGAUAUAUGUCAAUUUAAUAAUAUUUUAAUUAACAUCAAACAAUAACGCAUACCCGACUAUAUAUGUGUCUGCAUGGGAAUAUUUGAAUUUUUCGACUAAUACUGUCAAAAUCGGGUCUAGAUCUGUAAAAAGCGACCGACGAUCCGAGAUUAAUGAAAGUAUAGGUAUCAAGGUUACGACUACUGAUGGGGGAAUUUUUACGAAUAUCAAAUACUACGAUUUUUGCUAAAGCUUGGACUAUAAAAAAGUUUUAUUAUACGUGCAUGUUACGAGCACUAAACUUUACGUUUCUAUGUGCUGCGUCCAAUGUUUACAUUGAAGAGUUCCAACGUUUUGACCAGUCACAUCGCAAGGUGUUGUCCAUAUUAAUAAAGUCAGCGCGCUAAAGUUAGUAGUGUAUUCGCAAGAUAAAUACAUGUUAAGCUUCUUUGUUAAUACUGCAAAUGUGUUUUGCGUAAGUUUUAAAUUCAGAUUUAUUCAAUUAUUUAACAAUUAAACAACGAAUCCGGGUUGUCUAUGAGCGGUUAGUCGAGUUUACUAUUUGCUCAGAGACAACGCGGCUGAGUUAACUAAUUGUUUUAGUAUAAACCACAUAAAGAAAACUGAAUUUUUAACUUGAUUUUUAUGUACAAUUAUAACUUUUUAACGAAUGAGUUAAUUAAAUGGCUUCCUUCCCAGAAAUGACUUGUAAAAUACGAUUACUGAGUUUUAAAAAGUUUAAAAAUAUGUCGUAAAACAAUAUAAUAAUAACAGGUCGUUAUAUAGCAGCAAAGUUUUGCUAUUUAAAAGAAUUAAGGAAAUAAGGCUUAAAAAGUCCGAAAUUUCAAACACAAAAUGGCUUCCCGAAUUGUUACUAAAUUUAUUAUUAACAUGACAAAAUUACUGGAUGCUGAUUUGUUGAAAAGAGUACAAUUAUUUCAUUAAUUAUUUAUCUUCUGUAAUCAGUGGCAAAUACUGCAAUUUCAUUGGCUUAUAGGAGUGCGAUUUGAGCAUUAAUCGCACCCUUUACUGAGCUGCAAUUGCACCCUUGUCUACAGCCAAUGACAAUCAGUCUAGUAUUUACAAUUAGCCAAUCAGCGUUCAGGAUACAAACUUUGAAUUUUAUUUUCUUUAUUUCUGUAAAAAAAUUAACCGUGGAGGGAUUCACAAAUUUUGAAAAUUUUGACAUUUUAAGUGAUAUGUUUUCUGACAAAAAUGACCAACCUGUUCUUCCAGGAGAAGACACCAAACCAUGUUCCCUAAUUUAACCGAAAAACGAUAUUGAGGAGGUUGAAAACUCAAACGUUAAAGUUAACACGGAGCGCUCAUCAAAAACCUGGAUGAAUAUCUGGUCAAAUUGGUGUUCAGUUAGUGAAAUAAGUCAGCCAAUUGAACUUUUUCCUGAUGAACCAAUUGGAUCAGCUUCUCAGCAAAUUUUAUGGCGAGGUUAGAAAGGUGAAUGGAGCCGACAAGGAGCCAGAAAGCAUUCGCGUGAUGCAAGAUGCAAUUGAUCGCUACUUACGUGACAAAUAUUAUGGCGAAAGUAUAAUUUCUUCAAGGCAAUUUCAUCAGUCUAUGAAGACACUCAACGUUAAAGCAGCAAGUCUCCUACAGCAAUGAGCAAGGCAUGGGUAAACGUCCCAACAAACCAAAAAGCACUCAACCAAAGCGAAGAGGAAUUGCUGUGGAAAAACGGUUCACUCGGAAAUCAUUCGCCAGUCGCGUUGAUAAAUGCAAAUUUCAAGCGUCUUUCGGAGCAAAUGGGUUUGCGAGGACGACAGGACCACAACGACGCAUGGCUCGAAAUCUAUAGUGUUCAAUGAAAAUACCACCAAAAUACGUGAAGAGGAGGCCUUCGAUUCGCAAAAAGAUAAGAUAAGAUAAGAUAACUUUAUUUUAGCAGGGUGGCCCAUUCAGCACUAGGCUGGUAUCCAUAGGGGCCCUGAAAGAACGACGAAGCAAGUUAUGUGGAGCACUGAUGGCGGAUUUCGAGAUCCAGUAAAGCAUUUAUAAGUUAUGGCUCUCCAAACGCCCUCAGGCGAUGCGAAACGAAGGCCCUCUGUAUCUGACAAUAAUCUAAUGUCCAAAAAAUGACGAUGUUUGGUAUACCAAGGUACGAAUGGGCCAGAACACAGUUGGCAAAAUAAUGCAAGAAUGAAAUGACUUCGUCGCUCGAGAGCUCAACAGCGAAAAAGUUGACAAAUCACAGCACGGGAAAAACAGUUGUACAAAAGCUGAAAUCUGCUGGACAACCACGCUAUAAGAUCAAGGAAAUUACCGAUUAUGCAUCAGAGGUAUCUCUAAAUGAUUACGUCGUAAUCACCGGGGAAGAACGCAGGGAACUGUCUCAUAACAUCAGUGGUUAAAAUGCGUUAGCUCGCGAACAACAACCUCAGUUGCCUCGACUGUAUCGUGAUUGAUUGAUUUAUUUGCCAAAACAAAAGAAAGACUGUUAGCUAUGUACAAGAUAUUAAUAAAAUAAAGUCGGCGAGGAGACCUCAAGAAGCUUAGAGCUUGUGUAAAGAGGCCACCUCAUCUCAAAAAUUCAAAGUUAAAUAUUUAAUUAAUCGGUAUAAUUUAGGGUUACAGACAUAUAUAAUAUAAAAUUGAAAUUAAAUUACAGACACAUAUAAUAGAAUUGAAACAUAAUGAAGUUUAUAAUAAGAGAGAAAAUUUACGAAAAUAUAUAAUAGAUUUUCCAAUAAUUUUAUAUAUUGUUACUGAAUAUUCGAUAAAACAUGGUCGUAGCAUAUUGAUCAGAGUUAGCUGUUCCUUAUUCGUUAAGCAGAAAAUUACGAAGUUGCAUCUUGAAAGACGAGAUUGUGUUUAUCGCAGUUAUAUUUGUAGGUAAAGAAUUCCAAAUAUUCGGUCCUGAGUAUAAGAUGGUGAACUGCUUAAUUUUAGUUCGACAAGCAUGAGAUCUAUAGUUACCGGCAGAUCUGGUGUUAUAACCAUGUAUUUGAUUGUUUAUUGUAAACAGAUUAUCAAAGCAUGUUGGCAACAUGCAAUGAUGAUAUAAAAACAUAAACUUGCCAAUGUGAAAUGUAUUUAGCUUAAAUAUAUCCAAUAUUUUGAGUUGUUUAAAAAGUGGAUCAGAGUGUGCACGGUAUUCGGAAUUUGUAAGAAUACGUACAGCUCGUUUUUGUAAAAGGAGAAUUCUAUUGAGGUUGGUUACAUAAGUGGAAGACCAUACAAUAUUACAAUAAGAAAGAUAGGGAUAUUUAAGUGUGUAGUACAAGGAUAAUCUUGUUGCGGAUGACAGUAGAUAUAGUGAUCGGUAAAUAAUUCCAACAGACUUGGCGAUUUUAUUGCAAAUAUAAUUAAUAUGUUCCUUCCAUGACAAAUGUUCGUCUAUAUAUACUCCUAAAAAUUUUAUGUAUUGUUUUUGGGUGAUCAUUUGAUUGUUAUAUAGGAUAACUAGAUUUAAAUUAACUUUCUUUUGUCUCGGCCGAAAAAUGAUAUAGUUUGUUUUACUGAUGUUCACAGACAAUUUAUUUGACUUCAUCCAGAUAUCCAGCUUUCGAAGUUCACUGUUCAAAACAAAUUCAAGUUGCUUGAUAUCCGAAUUUGAAUAAUAUAUACUAGUGUCAUCAGCAAAAAUAUAAGAUUUUGACAGUUCUAAUGCAUUCGGUAGAUCAUUGAUAUAUAAAAUAAAAAAUAAUGGGCCUAAAAUAGAACCUUGCGGAACUCCACAUUUUAAUUUUUCGUCUUCCACGAUACAUCAGUUGUCCCCAUUCAAGUCAGACAGUAAAUUGCAUUUGCAUCCAACGAAUGCGCAGGGGGCUGAAGAACUGACCUUGUUAUUUAAAAAAUAAUUUUUUUGCAGCACAAAAAAGGCAAAAAUAUCAUUAAAUAACUACUAUAUAUUAUACAGGUUAGAUGAAGUAAUAUAACUUGGACGUCGACCGCACGCCAAAUUACUGCAGGCGCGCACGCUUACACUAGAUUGUUUACAAGCUAAAUCUAAUGAAAGGGAUGAAACUUCCAAAUUUAGAAUUCGGACAUCAUUUUCGAAACAUCAUAAUUCGCUUAAAAUUCUACAGAAACACACCAUAUUAUGCACACGACAUAGAAAGGAUAUAGUCUCAAUAUUUAACGAAAGAAAUCUGGGAAAAUAGUAGUUAAACCUACGAACAUAACGAAUAAAAUGCUGGUAUACAUUUCGCUAUUUUCGUAUGAUGUGCACCGCAACAACUAGUGACGGAAGUGACGAAAGUGUUGAAUUGCGCAUGACAGGAAGCGCUUUUACGCGGGUAAAGCGCUUUGCUCGAACAUAUAUUUGACAGCUGCGAACUUUGUUUUGGUUUUUGUAUUGACAAUUUUGACAUAGAAUUGAUUGCAACCUAUAUAUAAAUGGUGAUAAUAAAAGGUAAGAGUGGUAUUAUAAUUUAUUAUAUAAAGUAUAGUGCUUUAUAGAGAUUUCGACCACUGAUAAAGUGAUAAUCUCACAUGUGAGAAUUGUUCAUGAAAAUCUCACAUGUGAAAAUUGUCGCUUUUCAAUUAUCGCUUUUCUGGAAAUAUUAUCGCUUUUCAAAGACUGUCCUUUAUAUAAUAAACAGAAAAAUACAUGGGUGCUUGGAAAUACCAGAUUUAUUUCUCGUGUUUAAUUUAACAUGAUAUCUCACUCGUUCGCUGCGCGCACUCGUGAGAUAUCAUGUUCAACACUCGAAAUAGAUCUGGUAUUUCCAAGCACCCAUGUAUUAUUCUCUAUAUAUUACAUGUGUUUUCACGUUCAAAUUGGAGUACUAUAUGAUUUUUGUGUGUUGAUGUUUAAUAUGUACUCAGGUGAACAUGAUGUUUCUGGGGGCGGUUGUACGAAGCCCGUUUAGCUUAAUAUACUGUGGAUAAGACCAAAAUAUCGAAGAAGUUUAUACAUUGAUGGAACAACUAAACUAAAAAGUUUUAACCUGAGUGGAACAAUUAUGUUUACAACAACAUGUUUAGUGUAUAAGUUUUAAGUUCAGUCAUUCACGAGAAAAAACGUUUUUAUACGGUUUUAAAUUAAUAUUAUAGAUAGUGUUCAAUUAUUUUCAUGAUCAAAGUCUUACCAAUUUGAAAGAAUAACAUGAUUUUCUCUGUUGUACAACUUUAGAUUUAUUGUUUAUUUCUAUUUGGGACGCGUGUCGUUUAAGAAUAGAUCUGUCCAUUCAAAAAAAUAAAUAUUUAAAUUUCACUCCGCUCCUGUUGUUUUUAUCUUUAAAAAAACAGAAUAUAAUUAGCAACGAAAUUUAAGUGGAAUCACUUCCUGUACGCCACUUCCGUCACUAGUUGUUGCAGUGCACAUGCAACGGUGCAAUAUUGGAAAUUUCUUCCCUUUCUCAAUUUUCUUUUGUCCCUCCCUCGGGUGCACAUCGUUUUCCGAAGCAAACUUCGUUUGCGAUUCGGGCAAUGCAAGCCUGCAGUGUAGUGGGUUGCGGUUAUACACGAGUUCUAAAACAAAACUUUUCGAAUAUGAAAAUAUAUAAAUUAUACAUGUGCGAUGUUUUAUAUCUUGAAUUAAGGUGGCUCCCUGCAGUUAUUCUUGUUUAAGCAAUAAUUCCGCAAAACAGGCUUAUUCGUGCAGAACGCGAAUUAUUUUCGACUUGGUGGCAAUAUUGGUCAUCUAAGGAAUAUUUCGAACUAGAUUUCGACAACGUCAAUGUUCCCAUGGCAACAUGACGACAGCAUAAAACCUUCCAAUUUAACCCAUAAAUGUGCCGCUAUCUCAAAAACGAUGUCGGUGACCUAUCUUUUAUAUUUCAUAUAUCAAUAGGGAAUGAUGCUCCGCAACUGUGGUGAAAGUUUAAAAAAAUUCUGUAGUGUGUGGUUUUUUAAAAGCGAAAAUUUUAUUGCGAAAUUUCCACACUAAAGAUUUUUUAAAAAUUGAAAUUUAUAAAAUUUACCGCAAAAUAAAUUCGUGGUCAAAAUUUGAAGAUAAGUCACCGAUGAAACUAAUGAGUAAAAUGCAAAUAAAGUUAGAAAAUAGCCUCGUGUAACUCGAGAAAUUCCCCUUAUUGAAAAGCGUCGCUGACUAGUAAAAAAUUGUACGCGGGCGCAGAACGAGAUUUCAUUCAGCAAAAUCGAUCGGCAAUGUUGUUUUUACUCUUUUGUUUUUGUCAACUUUUCGAUUUAUUUGAGUGCCAUGGACAGCCAAGGAUUAUUGUGAACGAUCAAAUCGAUGAAAACAAGGUUGAAGCUAAUAGCUGUUAUCGUAAUUGAAUACGCCGCUGUGGUAAACCAGCGGUAUCUCAGUGGAAGUACGCACGAAAACGAGGCUAAAGGGUAAAAAAAACACAAGACAUGACCCUAUAGCCUCGUCUUGAUGUUAAAAUAAUGCAGAUACCGCUGGUCCGCAGCAUAGACGUAUUCAAUUACGAUAACAGCUAUUGAAUCCUGCCGUUUACCCAAUCUAUGAGCUGUAACAGCCUAUUAACAGGUGGACGUGUUUUUUGUUUCAUAUUUGGUUUUGUACUUUUUGCUAAAAAUGAACAAUUAGGCUAUGAAACUGAAAUAUUUUUCUGUUUACAUAUAAUCACUUUAACCUUGCAGAAACAAGACUAAAAACGUGAACGUUUUCUUGAGAAGUAAACAACUUUUUAAACGUUUGUAUGCAAUUUUGCAAAUGUUUUACAGAUGACAGUGUAUAUUAUAAAAAAGAUUAAAAACAUUGUUUCGUAGCUAUUUUUUGGUCUAGUGAUAUUUGUAUCAUAUAUAGAAUUGCCGUAUAGACUCGCAAAUGAUUUGGCACAUCAUAUUCACCUGAGUAGAUUACACCAACACAGAAAAAAAUCAUGAACUCUUAUAUGGUAAUUAGCAGUGCAUAAUGGUCGUUAGCAGUACAUAACCAUAUUGACUAUUAGAAGCUUCUUUGGGCAGCGGAUGACUCAUUUGUUAGGAACGUGUUUUGACGUCAGGUCGUAAACAAACAAGCGUAUACAAAGAAUUUCGCUUCGAGAAUCAAGGAAAACAUUCACAGUUUUCGGAAAAAUCGCUUUCAUCAAUGAUGUUGAAUGAUAAUAUUCUUUAUAUUGCAAAAUUUCGGUAAUUAAAUUUGUCAAAAACUGGAAAGAAUAUAAAACGAAUCUAUACUUCACUUAUCACAGCUUCUGUCAUCAAAAUCGACUAAGGAAAUAUUAGCGUGUAUGCGAACCUAUAAAGUUCAAAAGGUAUCUCUAUUUUCGGCAAACUGUCCGUUCGGCAAACUGACCGUUCGGCAAAAUGUCUUUCCGCAAAAUGUCUUUCGGCAAAGAGUCUUUCGGCAAACUGUCCGGUCACCUCCAACGCUAUCCUUCACCAAGAAGGUUUGUUGAGUAUUCCCCCCAGUGUUGCCCACGAUGUCCCACUUGUGUCUGCCAAAAACCCAGUUUCCUCAUCGCUAGCUCCGGUUAAUAUUGGGCUAGUAUUCCAAAGGUCGUAGGUUCGAUUCCCACCGUGGUCAGGUAUAUUUUUCAAGCCUGCUCGGUGUGGAUAUGCACUCCGAGUAACAUCACAAGCAUCUUAUUCACCUGAGUAUAUUAACCAACACAAGAAAAUUAUCCGGUUAAUAUUGCCUACAACAACUGUAUUUUUAAUAUUGGAAAGCAGACGGUGAACAUUAUUUAAGCUACCAGAAAAAGACCUCGAGCGAUUAUAUUUGACUCAGAUUCAGAUUAAACUGAAUUAAACACCAUUUUGAACACGUUAUAAACUUGCAACAUAUGGCUUCCCAAUUGUGUGUUGACUGUUCAAUAAUUAAAUUCAAACAAUGUUGUCAUGUGAUUAGACCGGAAAUAAUACCCGGGAGUUCAUAAUAUGUUAAUUUGAUUAGAAUAAAUUUAUUUCAACAUUGUACUAUUUCACUAAAAAUUGUCAUGACAGAAAUUUAAUAAUUAUAUUGAAUUUCAACAAAUUGUAUUUUUGUGCUUAAACAGUUCGAUUACAGAAGAUAAAUAAUUAAUAACUGAUAGAACGAAUUAAGUCGUGCUAUUAGUAUAGGUAAUCAUGCGAUGGCGAGUACAAUUAGGGAUUAGUAGUACGAGUGAUGUUUGGAAUUUUGUCCAAAAUUGGACGAGCCGCCGGGGCGAGUCCAAUUUGGUAAAUUUCAAACAUCACGAGUACUAUUAUUCCCUAAUUGUACGAGCAAUUGUUCGUAUUUUCAUUUAGUUCUUUUGCUAACGCAAAAUUUGGUUCUUUUGUUCGUAUUUUCAUCUAGUUCCCCUAGGACAAUUUCAUUUCACAUUUGUGUUUAAAAUACCUUUCCGCCAUUUUGUUUGUUUUGGAAAAAUAAAUGCCAUAAUCAUACUUGUGAUUAACAAAUCAACCUCCCGCUACGCGGUCGGUUGAUUUUGUAAUCACUCGUAUGAUUAUGGCAUUAAUAACACUCCUAUUCGUUCUAAUACCAUCAUUAAUUGUACUGCAGUACAAUUAAUGACCUUCUUUAAACACAAAUGUGAAAUGAAAUUGUCCUAGAAGAACAAGAUCAAAACACAAACAAAACCACCAACUUUUGCUUUAUUAACAAAAGAACUAAAUGAAAAUACGAACAAAAGCACCAGAUUUUGGUUGAAAGCCUGGCAGGACUGGGCUUUAGCGAGAUAAUACGAUGUUGACAUUGAUAAGUAUCGAAUUUUGUCAUGCCAAUAAUAAACAAGUAAUCAUGCGAUGUUGCUCGUACAAUUAGGGAUUAAUAGUAGUAUUAGGAGGCUUUAUUUAUAGGUAGUGAAUCAUUACAACAAUUUUAAAUAACUAUCAGUUCUUAAAUGUUCAAUACUGUUCGUUCCUUCGUGUUCACGUUCGAUUUGUUGUAGUGGUUUCCUUAUAGUUCACUUCAGCCUUUAAAUCUUCGUUGUCUUUAAUUUGUCUUCUUUGUCCGUGCUAUUUCGUUUUGAGUCUUCGUAACUUUUCAUCAGUUAAGUUUUAUUAAGUCUACGUCUACUGACGAAUUUCGGUUGUGCACGCCCUUUUAUACUAACGGUUGAGGGGAUCUUUGUACACGUGAUGUAGCAAGUGGUGUGAUUUGUAUCCAGCCAAUCAACGAUGAGGUUUAAAAGUGUGGGUUGGCGUUGGUAGUUCGUUCCAGACCUCAAAUUCUGUUUAUUUAAGGCGUUGUCGCACUUGUCGGGUUGGUUCGCUGUUCAAUCGAUCAAUGUUAAAAUAAUUAUGUUCACAACUUCAAGUACUUAUCAAAAUAUCAUAGUAAAAUCUUCAACCUAUACCUAUGUGAACCUUACUUUACCUACUAAACUAAAUUUACAUACAAUUUUAAUGAACCAAGAUUUUGAUGACGUCAUGUUAUAAUUACUCAACCGCGCAAAAUAUACCGAAGAAUGAUUGACAGAAAUGCCCUAAGCGUGCACUCAUUCACGGUCAAUGAAGGGCCAGCCUUGGACUUUGAAUUAUGUAAACACAACAGGCUAGCAUGCAAGGUUAUCGCCCAACUUUGAUAGUUUGACAAAUUAUUUAUCUUGCCUAAUGGACAGAUAAUUGACACUUUUACACAUGUCCGAAAUGAUAUAUACUUUAACUGCGUUUUGCAACAAAAUUGCUCAUUAUCUCCCCAUUUGACGUACCUAGUAUCUAUAAUUACCUGGGGUGCAAAUUGAACUAUUUUUAUACUAUUUAGAUAUAGCUACGUUCGUAACAUUAGCCUGCUCGACGUGCUCGUGAUAUUUGGAAAUUUGCCAAAUUGGACUCGCCACGGCGGCUCGUUCAAUUUUGGCCAAAUUUCCAAACAUCACUCGUACUAUUAAUCCCUAAUUGUACUCGCCAUCGCAUGUUUACCUUUACAUUAUUAUUAGCAUGACAAAAUGAUUUUCCCAAAACAAACAAAAUGGCGAAAAGGUAUUUUAAACACAAAUGUGAAAUGAAAUUGCCCCAGAGGAACUAGAUGAAAAUACGAACAAAAGUACAAAAUUUUGCUUGAACAAAAGAACUAAAUGAAAAUCCAACAAAAGCACCAAAUUUUAGUUGAAAGUCUGGCAGGACUGGGCUUUGGCGAGAGAAUAUGAUGUUGACAUUGAGAAGUACGUAAUACUAUCCAAUUUUUCCAUGCUAAUAAUAAACAAGUAAUCAUGCGAUGUUGCUCGUACAAUUAGGGAUUAAUAGUACUCGUGAUGUUUGGAAAUUUGCCAAAUUGGACUCGCCCCGGCGGCUCGUCCAAUUUUGGCAAAAUUUCCAAACAUCACUUGUACUAUUAAUCCCUAAUUGUACUCGCAAUCGCAUGAUUACCUAUACAAAUUUACAUUAAAAAGCCGAAUAAAAAUGCACACAAAAGAAUCCGAAUGUCUUUAAAAUCUUCAAAUUAUCUGGAAAAGUAAAAAGGCAAACCAUUUCCAUGCAUCAUCUGGUAUGCAUACACAAAAGUUUAGAUUGAAAAUUUAUUCGAAAAACUCGAUUAAGGGACCGGUCACAAAGUAACUGCUAGGGUGGGCUGGUAUGAUUUGGGAUGGGCCAUAGAAAAUUUUUGGGAAGUUUCGAUGGGCCGCCAAUUUUUUGGUAUGUCCACGGUUGGGCCACCAGACAAAAACCCAUGUUAAUUAUAUAUUAGAUAAAGAUAUUUAUAAUAAAAUUAAACAAAACUACCCAAAUUAUCAAAUGGAAAUUAUGCUGUUGAAGCCAGUACUUUGUUUUUAUACAAUAACAAGAAGUGAAUACAACCAACUGGAGAUCGAGCAGCUCAGUAUCGUAAUUGGUGAUGAAUGUGUUGAUCAAGCUUGGUGGAAUUAUGUAUGUCAAUACAGUGCCGGUUUUAUAUUUACAAUGUUCAUACCUGCAAGUUUGUUUUAUUAUAAAAGUAUAUUUUCCCACUUUAGAUUCGGUGGGUUGGUCAUGAAAUAAAUUUGGUAAGAUUGGAUGGGCUUUGAAUUUUUUAUGUACAUUCUAAGUUGGGUCAUCAAACUUAUUGGCAAAAUUUGUGAUUUAGCUACCUCAAGGCCACCCUAGCAGUUACUUUAUGACCAGUCCCUAAAAAGGCGGAAAAGAAACUCUGCCAAAAUCGCGACAUUUUAAUAAACGAAAAAAACGUUUUAAAAUGAUAACCAAAUACAUGCAUUCGCAUUUAAAAUAAGCACUCAUUAAAAAGGUUGAGCAAAUAGGGUUAAGUAGCUACAAACAAUUGUUAAAUUUCAACGAUGCUACUUCGAAUAUUAACACACAUUGUGCAUAUAUUUAAAAAAUCGCCUGUCAUUUUCAUGUUCAAAGCUACAAGAAAAUUUGAGAAUUUACCGUAUGUGUCAGCAAUUUCCAAGAGUCUUUGUUUGUGUGUAAUCCAGAACCAAAACUAGGCCAUUUUGAUACGUUUUUCCCUUUAAAUUCAGCUUUUAAUACUUAAAAAACCGCCAUUGCCUCUCGCGCCCUUCGCCGCUUGUUGCCAAUAGUAGGCUAUAUCACUAAUAGCCUGAUAGUAGCGUAGCCAAUCAGAACGCACGCUAGAUGAUAGCCUAUACUAGCAGGUUUAUACUAAAUUACAAUAUCGCUUCUGAUCACCCAUAUCAUAGCCAAUAUAAACAAGCCAAUAUUUUUAUUAAAAAUUUGUAACUGCAUGCAUGACAUACUUUUCAAAUUGUUAUUACAUUUAAGAAGUGUGGCUACCAAAGCCUUGCAAUAUGAUUAGUCAAAGUUUUCAUUGUAAACAUGGCACGUAUAACAUGCAAAUGGAGACGUUAAAGUUUUGUGCGCAAUUAAAAAUUAUUAAAAUUAAUUAUUAAUCAAGAAUUAAAAUAAUUAAUUCCAUUCCUUGACGUGAUUUAUCAUUGUGCAUGCUAAAGUUAAAUAAAAGACAAAAUUCAAAAUUUGAACGCUGGGCAGGCAUAUUUGUGAUAAGAUCCCUAACCUGAAGUUCAGGCCCUAAUUUUAAAUAGGGCCUGACACAAAACCUGUCUGGACCGUGGGACACCCACAUGUUAUUUUUAGACACAACAUGCAAUAUGUUUGACAAAUGUUGUAGAUUUCGUUACACAAAAAAAAAUUAUAUUCUUAUGAACAUGUCCGCAGGGUGUGCAUUUUGCUUUUUAAUUAAACUUAAAAAUUCAAGGUAUAGGCUACUUUUAUAUAAUUAAGAGUCAGUUUCUCUAUUUAACCGAACAGCAAACAAAGAUUUAAAUAGUGAGUUCUGUGCACGGCUUGACUGCCAAUCUUUCUCAAGGUCUCAACUUGCUGGACGCGGAUACACUCUAAUAAACGGGCUAACAACAGCAACAAUGAAAUUCUCAAUCGUACCACGAAGAAGGCAAUGUAUCUCAGAAAACAACGCCGGUAGGACCUCAUAUUAAAAAUAUAAGACUUUGGCCGGCGAAGCCAGUUGGCAGAACAUCUUGGCUGUCAACAACAAGCUUUCGAAUACAUGACUAUAGUUUGGCUUUUCUUUCAGCGUCGUGAGUCCAAAAUUCGUCAAAGAUUUUGAUAAAGCCCUUUCAAAAUACUGUUUGUUUGAUUUAUUUUCUGCCAUAAUGCAUAAAAGAAAAGAAAUUCGAAGAAAUCGACAAUGGAAUUUGUUACGUGCGUUUAACCAUUAUAUUAAUUGUCGCCUUGAGCCCUUAACCAUAGAUUAAAGACCUUGACCGAGCUAUUUCUAAAACUGUUGUUUAUUUGAACUUGCAACCAAUCAAAAUCCUUCAUGAUGCUGAUCAACUAAUCAGAUUUCCCGUCCACCAGAUGGACGGGAAUCCCACAAUUUAGAUAGGUUUUGUGUUAGGCCCUAUUCUAUGAUUAGGGCCUGAACUUCUGGUUAUAAGAUCCCAUGCAUCCUCAAUAUUUUGCUACCUUAAUUAAAUGAAACGUUCUUUUAUUAACUUUUCUUUAGGUCAUUCUUCUAGAUUAACCGAGAUAGCGUGCGGAUAUAUGUCAUGGGCAGUAUAUCAGUGUUCUGUAAAUUGCUUUGAAUACUUAUGUGGCGCUUACGAACAACUCACUAAUUCGUCUCGAACGCAAGUCACAUGGCAUAGAACAGGCUCUCCGUUUUUUAGAAUUGUUAAGGAAUGUAACUGGGCAGCUAUUAGAAUUGCUGAGAAACAUGGAGACUUAAUGAAUUACCUCGUGGAUGAGCCAACUGAAUCCCAAGAAUCCACGCCCUUGCUAAUUGCCAUUCAAAACGACUACGAAGAAGUAGCUAAAUGGCUGAUAAAGGAACCGGAAAAGAAACCAGACAUCGAAAAAAGAAACGCCCAAGGAGAAUCACCAAUUUAUCUUGCAGCAUUAAAAGGUCAAGCUGAAAUUAUUAAAGAAAUGUUGGAGAUAUGUACGUAACAAUAUUAAUAAGAUAUAUUUUACAUUAUUUUGUCUAUUCGCAACAAAUAUGUCUCUUUUAAAAAUAAAAUGAGCAUUAUUGAUUGCGAUUGUCUUCAACUUCAAGCAUAUUUUCAUGAUGGAGAACAUAGCUCUAUUAAAUUUAUGCAGUCUAAAAUCAGUAAUUAAUUUUACUACUGUUAAUUUAGAUUCAUGUUCACCAGAACGUCGAGAAAUUCUAUUUGCCAAAGAAAAUCUUUAUGGCAAAGGCCAUUCGAUAUUCUAUCCAGCGUCUCAGAGUAGGAAAGCCGCUAUUCUUGAUGUUCUGAUGGAAGAAAAAAGCGCAUCUUUAUUUCUCCGAAAAGAGUUGCAACAUUCAGAAUUUCAACAGUUUGUACUUGGCUCUUGUUUAUCAGGAAGUGAGAAAAUCUUGAAAGCCAUGCUGGAAGUAGACCAAAAUUUGCCAAUCGGACGUUUCAGAGAUGAAAAAGGAGCUACAUCCUUGAUGCG